AUGUCGCGGAGUGAUUGCUUCACUGAUUACGAGUGUUUUCAGCAUAGUGUAUUGUCAGAGAUCUUAAAGAAAUAUACUAAUUUUGUCUUGGGCAAUGCCCAGAUAGUGGAUUGGCCCAUUGUGUACAGCAAUGAUGGAUUUUGCAAGCUAUCAGGCUAUCACAGAGCAGAAGUUAUGCAAAAGAGCAGCACCUGCAGUUUUAUGUAUGGAGAACUGACAGACAAAGAUACAAUUGACAAGGUCCGGCAAACAUUUGAAAACUACGAGAUGAACUCCUUUGAAAUCUUGAUGUACAAGAAAAACAGGACACCUGUCUGGUUCUUUGUGAAAAUUGCUCCUAUACGAAACGAGCAGGAUAAAGUGGUUUUAUUUCUUUGCACUUUCAAUGACAUAACAGCUUUCAAGCAGCCCAUUGAGGACGAUUCAUGCAAAGGCUGGGGAAAAUUUGCUCGCUUGACACGAGCCCUCACAAGUAGCCGGGGCGUCCUGCAGCAGCUUGCUCCAAGUGUGCAGAAGGGAGAGAACGUUCACAAGCAUUCUCGACUUGCUGAGGUCCUUCAACUGGGCUCUGAAAUCCUUCCACAGUACAAGCAAGAGGCACCAAAGACCCCACCACAUAUCAUUUUACAUUAUUGUGUUUUCAAGACGACUUGGGACUGGAUCAUCCUGAUUUUAACCUUCUACACAGCUAUUUUAGUCCCUUACAAUGUCUCCUUUAAAACCAAACAGAACAACGUGGCCUGGCUGGUAGUGGACAGCAUUGUUGAUGUCAUUUUUUUGGUAGACAUUGUACUUAACUUCCAUACCACCUUUGUUGGACCAGCAGGAGAGGUCAUCUCGGAUCCUAAGUUGAUCCGCAUGAACUACCUGAAGACCUGGUUUGUGAUUGAUUUGCUUUCGUGCCUGCCAUAUGAUGUCAUCAAUGCCUUUGAGAAUGUUGAUGAGGGAAUCAGUAGCUUGUUCAGCUCACUUAAAGUAGUCAGACUACUUCGGCUGGGUCGUGUGGCUCGGAAGUUGGAUCAUUACAUUGAAUAUGGAGCAGCAGUCUUGGUUCUGCUGGUGUGCGUAUUUGGUCUUGCAGCUCACUGGUUGGCCUGCAUUUGGUACAGCAUAGGAGAUUACGAAGUUAUUAAUGAGGAUACAAACACAAUCCGAACGGAAAGCUGGCUUUACCAGCUAGGGGAUUCCAUAGGAACACCUUACCGAUUCAACGCGUCAUUUGGAAAAUGGGAAGGAGGGCCCAGCAAGGAUUCUGUUUAUAUUUCCUCGUUGUACUUCACAAUGACUAGCCUCACCAGUGUUGGAUUUGGGAAUAUUGCUCCGACUACAGAUGGAGAGAAGAUCUUUGCUGUUGCUAUGAUGAUGAUUGGCUCACUUCUGUAUGCAACCAUUUUUGGCAAUGUGACAACCAUCUUCCAGCAAAUGUAUGCCAACACAAACAGGUACCAUGAAAUGCUGAACAGUGUCCGGGAUUUCCUUAAGCUCUACCAGGUGCCCAAAGGUCUGAGUGAACGUGUGAUGGAUUAUAUUGUUUCCACCUGGUCAAUGUCCAAGGGGAUAGAUACAGAAAAGGUUUUACAGAUUUGCCCUAAAGAUAUGAGAGCAGACAUCUGCGUGCAUCUGAACCGCAAAGUUUUCAAGGAGCACCCUGCAUUCCGGCUGGCAAGUGAUGGUUGUCUUCGCGCUCUAGCUAUGGAAUUUCAGACGGUCCAUUGUGCCCCAGGGGAUCUCAUCUACCAUGCUGGCGAGAGUGUGGACAGCCUUUGCUUUGUGGUUUCAGGGUCUUUGGAAGUAAUCCAAGAUGAUGAAGUUGUUGCUAUUUUGGGUAGGUCUCAUUGUUUAUAGCCUAUGUGUGCCCUCUGUAUAUGUGUCUAUCUACACAGAUAGCAUUACAUUAAUUCUUCGCAUUCCUAGAGCACCUUACGUUCAAGGAUCUAUGCACGCUUUUUAAAGUAUAGAGAGGUAGCCAGGUAUUAGUGUCUCUGUUUAACAGAGGAAGACAAAGUGGCUUGCUUAGGCUUAGGCAAGAGCCUGAUGUAGAAUCACAAGUACAUCCUUCUGCUCCAUGUAUGUCAAUGGAAAAUAACCCAUGUCAACUGCGACUCUUGU